AUGAAAUUACCGUUGCCUAAUUCAAUGAGUGAAACCAGCUGCUCUUAAAAUCAGGAAACUGUGUCAAUAACUCAGAGAUAUUAAUAAGAUAACUUUAGAGUCUUACAAGCAGUUUAGAGUAAUCGAGUGCAUAUUCCUUAACUGAUUCUUCCAAAGAAUCCAAUAAACAGAAAUAAUGGUCUAAUCAAAAAGCAUUAAUAAAGAGCGGUAUUAAGUUACAUAUUCACUAUGUAGGUCAGACUGAUGAAGCAGAUCGAAGCUAUGAAAUUCAAAAAAAGUGAUAUUUGUAAUGCAACCCUUCUCCCAUAUAUACCUUGCAUUUUGCCAGUGAAUAUUGAAGUUAUCAAGAAGCACACAGUGUAAGAUCCUAAAUAAAGCACAUUUAAAUUAAACUUGAGCUCUUACACAAAUAGUUGGGUGUAAAUGAACUUAUUGAUUCCCUUCUCGUCGAAUUUGUUUGGGAGAAAUGGAGCAAUCAUUAUGAAAAAGGAUUCUUAAGGCCAUUUAAGAACACUAUACUGA